UUUCUUCCUCAAAUUAUCUUUUGCUCUGGUUCCUUCUAAAUAUCGACUUUUCACAGGUUCUUACACACAGAAAUUAAAGAAGAAGAAGAAUGGAUUCAGAUGCAAAUAUGCAAAUCAUAAUAUCAUCACCAGACCUACAAAUCCCAUCUCGAUCCAUUAUCAUGAACCCUAACCGAACAAUCCAACAUCUCAAACAAAAAUUCCUCCCAAAAACAAUCCCAUCACAAACCCUAGAUUCUCUGUACUUUACUCACCAUGGAAAACCCCUUACAGACACCUCAACAAUAUCAUCAAGUUGCAAUUUAAACUCAUCAAUUUCUAACCUAACUCUUCGAAUUAGGGUUUGUGGCGGUGGUGGUGAUGGAGGAGCAACUGGUGCGGAAUCACGAGAUUGUUAUCUUAAUAUGUACGCAGUUAAGAAACCAGAUAAAGUUGAUCCAAAUGAAACAAGAUUAUCUAAAUGGACGACUUGUGCUUUAUCAUUUGAGCCAUUGAAACCUCCUUGUGUGAUUGAUCAGAUUGGGAAUAUGUUUAAUAAAGAAUCACUGGUUGAGGCAUUGUUAGGGAAGAAAUUGCCUAAAGGGUUUGGGCAUAUUAAGGGUUUGAAAGAUAUGAUUCCAAUUCAUCUUUCUCCGAUUCCAAAAAAGAAGAACGAUAGCGAUGAUGUUGAUAACAUUAGUUUCGAUACGAAGUUUCAGUGUCCAGUUGCUGGUGUGGAGUUGAAUGGUAAGUAUAAGCUUUUUGCUUUGAGGAGUUGUGGUCAUGUUUUGAGUGCAAAAGCAUUGAAAGAAGUUAAAUCAUCGUCUACUUGUAUUGUUUGUCAUAAAGAGUACACAGAAUUUGAUAAAAUUGUGAUUAAUGGGAGUGAGGAAGAAGUAGCUGAGUUGAAGGAAAGAAUGGAAUUGGAGAAGGCGAAGUUAAGAGAAAAGGUAAAGGAGAAGAAGAAGAUGAAGGUGAAGAGUAAUGUGGGGUUAAAGGAGGAGGAGGAGAUGAAUAAUGUGAGUUUGGAGUGUUCGAAAUUGAGUGGGAUGAAACAUGGGAUUGAGGAGAAGGAGGUGGAGUUGGUUAAAAAUGUAGGGAACGGAAAGAUUGGUGGUAACAAGGGAGGGUCUUCUCUUGUUAAAGAGGAGAGUAAUGGGGUGCCUAAGAAAAAGUUUAAAGCAACUGAUAUAGCUCCACCCAAUGCUACAAAGGUUUAUGCUUCCAUUUUCACUUCGUCAAGGAAAUCAGACUUCAAGGAAACUUAUAGUUGCAGAUCUCUACCACUAGGUAGAAAUUGAUUCGGAUGGCAAUCGGCACAAUCAUGUAACACCUCUCAUUUCUAAGUAAACUUUCUUUUCUUCUUGUUUAAUGUUUUAGCACUUCUAUUGUGGAUUUCUUUCCAUUGUAAUUUGCAAGCGGUUGCUUAUACCUUUGUGCAAUCGUAUCAGCUUUUUAUUGGGUUCUGGAUAUGAUACUUUGUUUAACUAUAAACAUAUUUGUCUGUAGACUAGUGCUUGGUUUAA